AUGGAAACCCAACCAGAUCGCCAGUCGGGCUCGACGCUCUACGAUAUCGUCAUCGUUGGGGCUGGGCCCGUAGGACUCAUGCUGUCGACUUGCUUGGCCAGAUGGGGUUACAAGAUCAAGCACAUUGACAAUCGAGCUGAGCCGACACCGACCGGAAGAGCGGACGGCAUUCAGCCUCGUUCCUUGGAUUUGCUCCGGAACAUGGGUCUCAAAUCAGCCAUCAUGGCCCACAAGCCAGCCAGAGUAUACGAGGUUGCGUUCUGGGAUCCCCCAAAGAAUGGCACUGGAAUCGCAAGAACGGGCACCUGGGCCAGUUGUCCGAGCUUUAUCGACGCCAGGUAUCCCUUCACAACUCUGUUGCACCAGGGCCACAUCGAGCGAGUCUUCAUCUCUGACCUCAACAAGAACGGCACUCAAAUCCAGCGACCAUGGACAAUUACGGGGUUCACCUCCAAUGAGGCAGAGAACCCAGAGUAUCCUGUCGAAGUCCAGUUGGAGCACGUCGAUGGUACUGCUCAUGAAACUGUGCGCGCCAAGUAUCUGUUUGGAGGUGAAGGCGCGCGUUCAUUCAUCAGAAACCAGUUGCAGAUUGGCAUAAAGCACAAGGACCCCAUCUCCCACGUAUGGGGUGUCAUGGACGGCGUGGUCAAGACCGAUUUCCCUGAUAUCAAGGCACGCUUCUAG